CAAAAACAUCUGAAUUGUAUUUUAUUGCACGGUUCUUCCUUUAAAAUGGUAAACGUUCCUAAAGCUCGUAGGACAUACUGCAAAAAAUGCAAAUGCCAUUCUGUUCAAAAAAUAACACAAUAUAAAAAAGGAAAGGAAUGUGUACAUUCUCAAGGGCGUAGACGUUAUGAUCGUAAACAAAAAGGGUAUGGUGGACAAUCUAAACCUAUUUUUAGAAAAAAAGCUAAAACUACAAAAAAAAUUGUGUUAAGGAUGGAAUGCACUAAAUGUAAGCAUAAACAUCAACUUACCAUUAAACGCUGCAAACAUUUUGAAAUAGGGGGAGAUAAAAAGAAAAAGGGACAAAUGAUUCAAUUUUAGAGUGAAAGAAGAGUAUUUAAAAUAAUUGAAAAUUAAAUUUAUUAUAUACAAUUAUUACCAUAUUUUAUAAUAUGCUAAAUAAUAUAAUUGUAGACAAUAUUUGAUUUAAAUAUAUUUUUUUCACUAUAGUAAAUAUUAACAAAUUAUUUUGAAUUAAUGAAUGUU